UUUGGUAGCGCGUAGGAUGCAGUUUUCUUCCGACUUGCAACUCUUCUCAUGGUGACCAGCCCCCAUACUUCAAGAAUUUAUACCCCAAAACUCUCCCUGCCUCUCUGCAAACACUCAAACCCAAAACCUCAAAAAAUGGUAUGAUAACCAUACCCUUUUUUACGUGCAAAUGACCAAACUCAACUCCUAUUAAAAAGGGAUCGAAAAACAUGGCCAACAACCCCACAAACAACAGUAACAAGAAACUCAAACACCAUCGGAACCAAGAUUCGGAGGAAGUCGAUGGAGACCCUGAAGUUUGGGCAACAUUUGACAAGAGUUUCAAGCAAGUUCAGUCUGUUUUGGACAGGAACCGUGUCUUGAUUCAGCAGGUCAACCAGAAUCACCAGUCCAAGAUUCCUGACAACAUGGUGAAAAACGUUGCACUCAUUCAAGAACUAAAUGGGAACAUCUCCAAGGUUGUUUCACUUUACUCUGAUUUGUCUUCCAAUUUCUCCACCGUGUUUCAUCAAAAGAAUCAUGACCACCCCAAGAAUGGUGAUGCCCGGAGGUAUGGCUGAACUUCGAUUGAGAAAAAAAAAGAAAUAUUUGUUGCCGCGGUUCUUCAGUUAUAUUUUCUAUAGUUGCUUGUGUUUUGUGUUUUAAGGGGAUGAUAUGGUUAAGGGGGGGUGCUUAGUCUUCCUUAUGAAACUUGUUUGAGAUCAUGUUGGGAUUUUAUUUAUGUUUUGGUUUUAUUAUGAUUGAGUUGCUUUGUAAUAUUAAUGGUUAGUCGAUAAAAUUGAGGAUAAUCGGGAGGAUGUUUGUUUGCCUAGAUGGGAUAAUUUUGUAUGUGGGUUAAGCUCUAGUGGUAUUAUUAUUAUGGUUUGGUUGGAGAUGAAGAUAAGAGUCUCGUGAAACCCUUGGGAAAGGCUUCAGUUUCAAAACAUUUCUCCAGCAAACUAACUAGGAAUUGGACAAAAUG